AUGCAUGGUAAAGGUGAGUCCCCUACAUAAUUCAUCGGCCAAAGCAAGAAGGCAACAACGGCUCUUGGUUUUGGUUUGGGGUUGGGUGGCUUUUCCCCAAUUCAUCCCCUCGUCGAGUCCGCCAUCUACACACAUACCUAACCUCCUCCUCUUCCUCUUCCCCAUAUACUCACUCUCUCAUUUCUUCUUCUUCUUCUUCACUCCGUUGCCAAAACCUCUUUCCCCCGAUCUUGAUUUUCCGGCACCUGAACACCCAUUUCGUCCCAAUGGAAGGAGGAGCCGCCGCCGCUCAAGCUCUAUCCCGCAUUGGACUUGCGGGUCUCGCCGUCAUGGGCCAGAACUUGGCCUUAAACGUCGCCGACAAGGGAUUCCCCAUCUCCGUCUACAAUCGGACCACCUCCAAGAUCGACGAGACCGUGGAGCGCGCCAGGCGGGAGGGCCAGCUUCCUCUGUUCGGCCAGUACAAUCCCCGCGAUUUCGUGCUUUCGAUUCAGAAGCCCAGAUCCGUUAUUAUCCUCGUCAAGGCCGGCGCCCCCGUCGAUCAGACCAUCGACGCCUUGUCGGAGCACAUGGAACCCGGCGACACCAUCAUCGACGGCGGCAACGAGUGGUACGAGAACACGGAGCGUCGCAUCUCGGAGGCAUCCGCUAAGGGUCUGCUCUAUUUAGGGAUGGGCGUUUCUGGCGGCGAGGAUGGAGCUCGGAACGGCCCUUCCCUCAUGCCCGGCGGCUCCCACCAGGCUUACCUCAAUGUUCGCGACAUCCUGGAGAAGGUCGCUGCCCAGGUGGAGGAUGGGCCGUGCGUCACUUACAUAGGCGAGGGCGGGUCUGGUAAUUUCGUGAAAAUGGUCCACAAUGGGAUCGAAUAUGGCGACAUGCAGCUCAUCUCUGAGGCCUAUGAUGUCCUGAAGAACGUUGGUGGACUGUCCAACCCUGAAUUGGCUGACAUUUUCGCAGAGUGGAACAGAGGAGAGCUGGAAAGCUUCUUGAUUGAAAUCACUGCAGACAUUUUCAAUGUAAGAGACGAAGAAGAGACCGGAAACAAGGGGGAGUUGGUAGAUAAGAUCUUGGAUAAGACAGGAAUGAAGGGGACUGGGAAAUGGACAGUCCAGCAAGCAGCUGAGCUCUCCAUUGCAGCUCCGACCAUAGCUGCCUCACUGGACAGCAGAUACAUGAGUGGUUUGAAGGAGGAGAGGCAAAACGCCGCAGAGAUCUUCAAGAAAGAAGGGCUGGAAGAAGGUUUCAGUUCACCCAUAAGUGGUGUUGAUAAGAAGCGACUGAUCGAUGAUGUGAGGCAGGCACUGUAUGCUUCAAAGAUUUGCAGCUAUGCCCAGGGAAUGAAUCUGCUGAGGGCAAAGAGUGUUGAGAAGGGAUGGGGUUUGAAUCUAGGCGAGCUAGCUCGGAUAUGGAAAGGAGGGUGCAUCAUCAGAGCUGUUUUCUUGGACAGAAUCAAGAAGGCGUACCAGAGGAAUCCCAGUUUGGCAAACCUGCUGGUGGACCCAGAGUUUGCGAGGGAAAUGGUGGCGAGGCAGGGUGGGUGGAGGAGAGUGGUGGGAUUGGCCAUCCAAAAUGGGAUUAGUGUUCCAGGGAUGUCAGCUAGCCUCCAGUAUUUCGACACUUAUAGGCGUUCUAGGCUUCCUGCGAACCUAGUUCAGGCUCAAAGGGACUACUUUGGGGCACAUACCUAUGAGAGGGUCGACAAGGAAGGGGCGUUCCACACUGAGUGGUCUAAGCUUGCUAGGAAGGCUAGGAUUUGAUGGAAACGGAUGCCAAUUCAUAUCGUUCGGUGAUGUUCACUUUGCCCUUUUUUUUUUAAUCAUUGCUUGCACUACAUCAAUGUGUUGUUACAGAAACUCUCUUGAACCUAGGCAUUUCUUUUCGAGAAGCUUUAUUUAUUCCUUAGUUUUUGUCCUUUGAUUUUUGCAGUGAAUAAGAUGCGUUUAUGCCC